AUGAAACGUUUAACAAUCGCUUUCCGUGAGUUUUUUAAAAUUAAUUUAAAACCUCUAUAUAUUUAUAGGACUCGUCUUAUUCUUUAUCGCGAUGGAAGUGGGGAAGGAUCUUUUCAAAAGAUUUUGAAAUACGAAGUGCCACUUAUCCACAAUGCAUUUAACGAGCAUGGAAUUUCUGCAAAGAUUACUUUGAUUGUGGUCAACAAAAUGCAGUCUGUCCGACUUUAUGCCAAAAAUAUUGAUCAGCGUAAAAAAUCUCCUGAACAGAAUAUUUUGCCAGGCACUGUCGUUGACAAGGAUAUCGUUCAUCCACUUUGGACUGAAUUUUAUCUGAACUCUCAUGUUGCUCUUCAGGGUACUUCGUCAACUCCACGUUAUAAUGUUCUUUUGGAUGAGAACAAUCUCUCUAUGGACACUCUCCAGAUGAUGACUCAUAGUUUGUGCUUUGGACAUCAAAUUGUCUACAGUCCAACGUCUUUGCCAACGCCUGUGAUGGUUGCACUUGAAUAUGCUAAACGUGGUCGGAACAACUAUAAUUAUUGGAACAAUUCGGGAUCUGGUGAAAAUCUUAAUGGUGGCACCAAUCUCGAUCUCAAGCAUCUGACUGAGCACCUUUCGUUUGAGAAGUCGGUCUUUUUGAAAAAUUUGCGUGUUAACGCCUAAAUAUAAUAUUUUCUUUAAUUUUUCUGACUUUUUUCCUUUAAA